UCCAUCAUGGCAAAAAUACAGUUUUUUGUCAUCCUUAUCUGUUCCAUUCAUGGGUUCUGGACGGAAGGUUUUCCUCCACUUAAGCUAACAGCGAAUGAGUCAGAGAUCAUGGAGACAGCCUCAGUUACUCUGACCUGUGAGGGUCAGCGUAGUUCACGUUGUUUUUUAUACACUAUCAACAGAGGAACAAAUCAUGAGUUCUCAUGUAACCAGACGUUUACUGGGACUGAGCUGCUGAAGAUGGCAAAACUUUCUCGACCCGCUAACGUUGAAUUGAAAUGCUGCAUCCCCGAUCAGUUUGGAUCAUGUUCUCAGUACAGUGACAUGCUGUCCGUCAACGUACAAACUCUUCCUGCACCUGAACUUACUGUGAAUCCAGCAGUGAUCACGGAAAUGGACACUGUCACACUGACCUGUGAGGCUCCUUCCUCUGUUUCUGUCUCUAUGUGUCAUUUAUACAUUCUGGUUGAAUCAAGAGGAUUUCAGAGAAACAGUUCCUGUCAUCAGACACUCAGAGGAACUGAACUGCUGGAAAUGGCGAACAUGGCAAAUCGAAGACUUCCUGCUGAGCUUAAAGUGAACUGUCGGUACACGGCUGAGCCUGGACAGGUGCUUUCUCAAUAUGGGAGUCUAUCAUCCAUCCUCAUUCAAGAUAAACCAGAGAAAAAGAAAGAUUUUACAACCUUCAUUCCCAGCAGAAUUUCAACUGGACCCACAAGCAGGAUUUCAACUGGACCCACAAGCAGGAUUUCAACUGGACCCACAAGCAGAAAAGAAUCAAACAAUAAUCUGACUCAUCGCUUUACUGUGGAUAAAGUCUUUGACAAAACAAGUUCAUCCACACCAUUGCCGAAUUUGAGGAUUCUCAAAAUAUUGUUUGUGGCUCUGACUGGUCUAGGAUCAGUCCUUGGCGUUAUUUUUCUGUUUUAUGCAUUUGUGAUCCGUCAGAGAGCUGAUCUGGAAGGGCAAAUCAUGCAAGAGACCAAAAAUGAUGAUCCUGACAACCUUUACCACACUUACAACACCAUCCCUGAUUGGCCUGCGGGUCCAAACUAGAUGUGCCAUUAUGAUUUGUUGAAACAAAAGGUUUUUAUUCUAUCUAUUAUGGUGAAUAAGAGAACAACCUACUUUUUCCUUUGAGGUCAUACUUUUAAAGUUUAUAAUUUAGAGCUGAAAUUUGAUCC